CUAUCCUGUCCUCUUCUCCUCUGUCGAUCACUCUUUCCUCUCUGAAUCUUUCUUUACUCCCUCGCAACAAUGGUAAACCCUAAGGUCUUUUUCGAUAUGACCAUCGGUGGUCAACCUGCUGGCCGGAUCGUCAUGGAGCUUUACGCCGACACCACCCCCAGGACCGCCGAAAACUUCCGUGCUCUCUGCACCGGUGAGAAGGGAGUCGGUCGCAGCGGCAAGCCCCUUCACUACAAGGGAUCCUCCUUCCACCGCGUGAUCCCCAACUUCAUGUGCCAGGGAGGUGAUUUCACCGCUGGAAAUGGCACUGGCGGCGAGUCGAUUUACGGCGCCAAGUUCGAGGAUGAGAACUUCAUCAAGAAGCACACAGGUCCUGGUAUCCUUUCCAUGGCGAAUGCUGGCCCUAAAACCAACGGAUCUCAGUUCUUCAUCUGCACAGCCAAGACCGAGUGGCUUGAUGGCAAGCACGUGGUGUUCGGCCAAGUUGUGGAGGGCAUGAAUGUGGUGAAAGAGAUCGAGAAGGUCGGAUCUAGCUCUGGCAGGACCUCCAGGCCUGUGGUGAUUGCUGACUGCGGGCAACUCUCUUAAACGGCUGUGGCCUUUCUGUGGUUGCUCUGAUCUCAGAACCAUUAUGCUGUGUCUUCUGUUCGCUGUCUCGAGCUUUUCUUAAUCCUCUGCGUUUACUAGUGUCUUAGGUAUUGGGGUUGUGGUUAUGAUGAAGGUGCUCUGGAUCAUGUGAAACUUUUUACUCUUUUUCGUAAAAGUCGGUAUUUGAUGAUGAUAAAAUGAGCUACCUACCCUGAAUAAAAGUAGAAUUGUUGACCAAAUA